UGGGGAUGGGGAGGGGGCCCUAGGAAGAGGGGUGGGGGACAGAGUCAACGCCAAGCGACAGUCGCGGCGGCGGCAGUGCUGAGCACCAGUCGAGUGGAGCUCUCCGUGAGGCAGCAGAGUUUUCUUGUCUAUUGGGGCAGCUGCCUGCGGCGGCGAUCCUCAGCUCGCAGCCUGUGAGCGGACGCUGCAGCGAGGGCAGCGGUGGCUGAAGCAGGGUCUGAGGGUUCCGUGGGUGCUGGCGGCGGCAGGCAAGCUCAAACGACGGGAUGCGCGGUCGCUCCAGCGGUUGGCAGCUCCUGUUCAAGUGCUCCUGAAGGGGCAAUGCUACCGUUCACUCCUCAGGAGGAGCUUUGGAACCAAGAAAUGGAGGUGUUCGGAGGCGGCGCAAGCAGCGGCGAGGUGGAUGGUCUUAAAAUGGUUGAUGAGCCAAUGGAAGAGGGAGAAGCAGAUUCUUGCCAAGAUGAAGGAAAUGUUAAAGAAAUCCCUAUUACUCAUCAUGUUAAGGAAGGGUAUGAGAAAGCAGAUCCUGCACAGUUUGAGUUGCUCAAAGUUCUUGGUCAGGGAUCCUUUGGAAAGGUUUUUCUUGUUCGAAAGAAGACUGGUCCUGAUGCUGGGCAGCUCUAUGCAAUGAAGGUGUUAAAAAAAGCUUCUUUAAAAGUUCGAGACAGAGUUCGGACAAAGAUGGAGAGGGAUAUACUGGUGGAAGUAAAUCAUCCAUUUAUUGUCAAAUUACACUAUGCCUUUCAGACUGAAGGGAAGCUGUAUUUAAUACUAGAUUUUCUCAGGGGAGGAGAUGUCUUUACAAGAUUAUCCAAAGAGGUUCUGUUUACAGAGGAAGAUGUGAAAUUCUACCUUGCAGAACUGGCACUUGCUUUGGAUCAUCUGCACCAAUUAGGAAUUGUAUAUAGAGACCUGAAACCAGAAAACAUUUUGCUUGAUGAAAUAGGACAUAUCAAGUUAACAGAUUUUGGACUCAGCAAGGAAUCUGUAGAUCAAGAAAAGAAGGCUUACUCAUUUUGUGGUACAGUGGAGUACAUGGCUCCUGAAGUAGUAAAUAGGAGAGGCCACUCCCAAAGUGCUGAUUGGUGGUCAUAUGGUGUACUUAUGUUUGAAAUGCUUACUGGUACUCUGCCAUUUCAAGGUAAAGACAGAAAUGAGACCAUGAAUAUGAUAUUAAAAGCAAAACUCGGAAUGCCUCAGUUUCUUAGUGCUGAAGCACAAAGUCUACUAAGGAUGUUAUUCAAAAGAAAUCCAGCAAAUAGACUGGGUUCAGAAGGAGUUGAGGAAAUCAAAAGACAUCUUUUUUUUGCAAAUGUUGACUGGAAUAAAUUAUAUAGAAGAGAAGUUCAACCUCCUUUCAAACCGGCUUCUGGAAAACCAGAUGAUACUUUUUGUUUUGAUCCUGAAUUUACUGCAAAAACACCUAAAGAUUCUCCUGGUUUGCCAGCUAGUGCUAAUGCUCAUCAACUCUUCAAAGGAUUCAGCUUUGUGGCAACUUCUGUUGCAGAAGAAUAUAAAAUCACUCCUGUUACAAGUGCAAAUGUGUUACAAAUUGUUCAGAUAAAUGGAAAUUCCGGACAAUUUGCUGAAUUAUAUGAACUAAAAGAAGAUAUUGGUGUUGGCUCCUAUUCUGUUUGCAAGCGAUGCAUACAUACAGCUACGAACAUGGAAUUUGCAGUGAAGAUCAUUGACAAAAGUAAGAGAGACCCUUCAGAAGAAAUUGAAAUAUUAAUGCGCUAUGGACAACACCCCAACAUUAUUACUUUAAAGGAUGUUUAUGAUGAUGGUAGAUAUGUUUACCUUGUUACGGAUUUGAUGAAAGGAGGAGAACUACUUGACCGUAUUCUCAAAAAAAAGUGUUUCUCAGAACGGGAAGCUAGUGAUGUACUGUUUGUAAUAAUUAAGACAGUUGACUAUCUUCAUUGUCAAGGAGUUGUUCAUCGUGAUCUUAAACCUAGUAAUAUUUUAUAUAUGGAUGAAUCGGCCAAUGCAGACUCCAUUAGGAUCUGUGAUUUUGGGUUUGCAAAACAGCUUCGUGGAGAAAAUGGAAUUCUUUUAACUCCAUGCUACACUGCAAACUUUGUAGCACCUGAGGUUCUUAUGCAACAGGGCUAUGAUGCUGCUUGUGAUAUUUGGAGCCUGGGUGUCCUUUUUUACACGAUGCUGGCUGGCUACACUCCAUUUGCUAAUGGCCCCAAUGAUACUCCUGAAGAGAUACUGCUACGUAUAGGCAAUGGCAAGUUCUCUUUGAGUGGUGGAAACUGGGACAAUAUUUCAGAUGGAGCAAAGGAUUUACUCUCCCAUAUGCUACAUAUGGACCCACAUCAGCGGUACACCACAGAACAAGUAUUAAAACACUCAUGGAUAACCCACAGAGAUCAGUUGCUGAAUGUUCAGCCAAAUAGAUAUGAUGCAUCACAUGUCAUUAAGGGAGUAGUGGUCACCACAUGUUCUACCCUGACUCACAAGACCUUUCAACCAGUCCUUGAGCCUGUUGCUGCUUCAAACUUAGCUCAGCGACGGAGCAUGAAAAAACGAACAUCAACUGGCCUAUAAGAUUUCUAGUGUUCCUCAGCCAGACUGGAUGAAGAGAAAAUUAAAUGUGUGGCUUUUUGCCUAAUCUUAUAUCAAAGGCAUUGUUUUCUGCUACAUUACUUUAAUAUUCUGUUUAAGCCUCCUUUUUUAGGUAGAUGAGAUUAAAAAAAAUACACAGGUCCACAGUAUUCAUACUCUAUGUUGUUUUGUAGUGGUGUCCAAGUUUUUAAAUAUAUAAUUGGUGUCUACAAGGUCCUAACAACUUCUCUGCACACUAACUUGUAAAGUUCCUUUCAAAUAAAGUUAUUUUAAUAGUUUUUCUAGUUUCAUAAAAUAAUGAUUUGGGGAA